AUGAGACUUCCACAAGCCAUCCUUCUUGCAGUGGCUAUUGCAUCCUCUGCAUCAGCAUUCAUUAUCCCCAUGCCAGCAUUGUUUAAUGAAAUUACUAAUGAAUUGGAAAUCCCAUCGUUAGCACAACAAGACUCUACUAAAGAACAAGCUUCAACACUCAAGCCAUUCUACACUCACCCAGAAAAGACCAAAAUCACCAAAAAGUACAUUAUCAACAUUGACCCCACAGCCAAUGUCGACUCAUUUGUCUCUCAGUUUGGUACUCAAGCUGAAAUCUCAACAGUUUCCAUCUUGGACUCCAAGUUUAUCACCAUGGAAUUACUGGAGGAUUUGAUUGCGCAAGUGAGACAAUUACCCAUGGUCAACUUUAUUGAAGAAGACUCCUUGGUACAUGCCAACGAGUUUACUGUUGCUAAAGGUGCUCCAUGGGGUUUGGCACGUAUCUCGCACCGUGACCCAUUAUCCCUUGGUUCAUUCGACCAAUACCUCUACGACAGCAAUGGGGGCACUGGUGUCACCUCGUAUGUCAUUGAUACUGGUGUGAAUGUCCACCACGAACAAUUUGAAGGCCGCGCUAAAUGGGGAAAAACCAUCCCACAAGGUGAUGAGGAUGAAGAUGGAAAUGGUCACGGAACCCAUUGUGCUGGUACGAUUGGUUCCAAUGCAUAUGGUGUUGCUAAGAAUGCUGAGAUUGUUGCUGUUAAGGUGUUGAGAUCCAAUGGUUCUGGUUCAAUGUCUGAUGUCAUCAAAGGUGUUGAAUUUGCCGUCAAGUCACACCAAGAUUCCGUCAAGAAGGGUAAAAACUCAUUUUCUACUGCAAACAUGUCUCUUGGUGGUGGAAAGUCACCAGCAUUGGACUUGGCAGUCAAUGCAGCAGUCAAGGCUGGCUUGCAUUUUGCUGUUGCUGCAGGUAAUGAGAAUCAAGAUGCAUGCAACACGUCUCCAGCUAGUGCCGAAAAUGCUAUUACCGUUGGUGCCUCGACAAUUUCGGAUGCAAGAGCUUAUUUCUCCAACUAUGGUAAAUGUGUUGACAUUUUUGCACCUGGUUUGAAUAUCUUGUCUACCUACAUUGGUUCAGAUGCUGCUACUGCUUACUUGUCAGGAACAUCAAUGGCUUCACCCCACAUUGCUGGAUUGUUGACUUACUACCUUUCCUUGCAACCAUCCUCCGAUUCCGAAUUCUUUAUUGGCGCAGAAGGUAUUACUCCAGCACAAUUGAAGAAGAAUUUGAUUGCUUUUGGAACGCCAGAUGUCUUGGCCGAUAUUCCUGCCGACACACCAAAUAUUUUGGCAUUCAAUGGUGCUGGCCAAAACUUGACCAAAUUCUGGGGCCACUAA